AUGAACUCACAAUCAAGCUCACCAACCGCUAAUGGAGGAAGAGAUCAUGCUCUUAUCAUAAAUGCAGCGACAACCAAUAUCCAGACAACACAAUUGGACCAAAGAAUCCCGGAAACAAGAUGGCUUCUGCAUCCAUCAGCAGGAAAAAAGUCUUGUUGCAUUUUCAAGGUACAUCAAUGCCUUGCGGAAAUAAACAAGAAGACUUACCAGCCCCAUAUUGUCUCCUGUGGUCCAUAUCACCAUGUUGAUCAACAUUUGAAGAUGAUACUGCAACACAAAUGGAAAUAUCUUCGCAAUCUACUUGCUCGAACACCUCCAAACGGCCCAACACUUGAUCACUAUCAGCAGGUGGUAGCAGCAAUGGAAGAAGAAAUAAGAGGGUGCUAUUCGGAGACCAUCAGCAUCAUGAUCUAG